ACCGUUUCUCAUCUAUGUUCUUUCUUUUAUAGAUCGAUUACAUGUCAUUACUAAAAAAUAUUUGUAUUCUAUGUACUGAAGUCGAUCCAUGUGUCCGUUUUGUACAGAAAAAAGGAGAACAAGAACAAAAAUGCCUCUGUGACCAUCUAGAGAAUAAACAUGUGCAAGGUUCGUAUCAAAAAUCUUUCUGACACUUUAUUUUAAGCUUAAAAAACGUUUCAAUUACAGAUUAUUUUAUACAAUCAUCUCCUAAACAACAAAUAGCCAGUUCACCUACUCAUCUUAUGUCACCGUUAUUGAACAGCAAAUAUGGCAUUUCCUCACAGACACCCGUGUCACAAAGAAUUUCAACUCCAUUAGCAACUAAAAGAGCCAACGUUAUAUCACCGAUUGUGUCAUCUUCAAUUGAUAGUAUGAUUUUACCAGCAUCAGAUGAAGAAAAUAGAUCCCCAUCGAGCACUUCAACAACGCCUGUUUCAAAACGUCGCACACAUCCGUUAACAACAAGCACAUUUAGUUUGAUAAACAAUUGUGAACCGUCGGCAUUAUCCUCAUGUUAUAUUAAUCAAUCAACAGUCGAUAUAACUCCCAGUAAAAGUAAACAACCUAUUCGCGUACCAUGGAAUUGCCAGUUGCCAACUUAUACUACAGACGUGGAACAAGCAUUACAAGAAGGCGAUUUGGAAAAAGCAGUCAAAAGUAAUUUUGUUUGCUCGACGCGAGACUUCAUCAUGGAACGUUAUCCAGAAACAAAAUCAUCUCUCGAUUACCGAAAUAUCAGUUUAUCAAUUGUUAGAAAAUAUCCAAAUGUAGGAAGUCAACCCAAUUUUAAAUUAGAACAGUGUGAUGGUAAAGUACGAACACAAGAAAUGGAAAUUCAAACGUUCUUAACUACAACAAAUUUAGAAGCAGAAAAUGCAGACCAAGCUCAUUACACACGUAUGGCUGCUGAACCAAUGGAAGAAGUUGAAAAAGGUUCCAGUGCACAUCUGAACCAGCUAACACCCGUACUAUCUGAUAUCCAAAUACCAAUGUCAGCACUGUUGUCGCAGUCAACUUCAGCUGCACAAUGUCUGCAGUCAACUCGUCAGACCAUUUAUACUCCUCCGAAUGAUCGUUUCUAUGAGAGAGUGAAAAAAAAAGUCAAACAACUAUCAACUGAAGCUUCGUUAAUGGAUAAUUUUUAUGAAAAUAACUAUGAAACGCAACUAAAUGAUACACUAUCUAGCGAUAUACAAACAACGGCAGAAGAAAUGAAUGACAGGGUACUAAGUGAUAAACAAACAUUUGGUCAACGACCAACAGUAAUUCGCGUUGUUCAACGAAAUAAUCAAAACGUUAGAGUGCCCAUUUUGGCAGCGAAUUUAGCAUUUUCACAACCAUUCUUACGUACUUCAAAUCGAGCAAUUGCUGCAAAAACUGUUCCUGCCCGGCAAUCAAAUGAUAUAGAAACUCAGUCGAUGAACAUUUCGUGUACAAUACCGAAAAAUCCAGAUCCAUUAUCACGGAUAAAAUCAAUGUCAAAUUCAGCAAUGGAAAGAAAUUAUCAACAUUUAACAGAAGAAUUGCGUAACAAAGUGAAGCAAAUAAGAAAUAUCAAACAUGUCAACAUUCCAUUGUCCAUUGUUCAUCAUAUUAAACGAUUACAACAGAUGACCUUUUUGAGCAGACGAUCAUUAAUGGAAAAUCAACAUAACAGCUCCUCAUUAAGUGACAAGAUUACACUGUAUCCUGAAUUACUUAAUGAGUUUGUGAUACUAUAUGAACAUCAACUAUUGACAUGUGAAGAAACAACUACAAACAACAACUCAACCAAUUUUGAAUUAGCUAUGCGAAAAGUUUUGGAUGAUUUGAUUCAAAAAUAUAAAAUUCCGCAACAAUGUCAAAGUCAAGCAGAUUUUUCCGCUGUUGAAGAUCUUUGCAACGAACAAGGUUCAAAAUGUUUUAUAAUGAAAGAACUUAAAAAAGGUCAUGGAAGACAAUUGGGCUUAUAUUUUACUGGAAAUGCGUGGGAAAAAGCUGCUCUUCAAUUAACAACAAAUACUAAAAUCAAUGUGGGACCAACAGCAAGUGGCCUUCAAAGGCCUCUGCUGGUAUUUUUGGUCAUAUUUCAAGUUUUACAAUACAACUAUCCUGAUGAUAUUAAAGCAGUAAUGAAUUAUUUAAACGAUCAUGUAAAAGGACAACUGUAG